AGUGACGUUAUAUGAUUGUAUUGUGUAUCAUUUUUUUAUUAAUUACUUGUGCAUCAAUCGGAUUGGAAAGCAUUACAUUAAUAAAACGACAUUAACAUGGGUUGUGAUGGCGGUACUAUUCCACGGCGAGAUGAACUCGUCAGACUAAAGAAGAAGCCCGAACAGAAAGAUAAAGACGCAGAACGUUCAUUUAAAUGGCGUAACUGCGCAUUGUCUCAACAACCUUUGCAAGAGCCAAUAGUUGCCUGCGGACUUGGUCGCCUCUAUACCAAAAGUUCAGUUCUCGAAGCCUUGUUAGACAAAGACACGAAACCUGAAUCAAUCAACCACAUCAAAAACCUCAAGGAUAUCAAAGAUUUGAAACUCGUCAAGAAUCCAGCAUAUGUUGCAUCAGAACAUACAGAGGGCUCUGUAGGUGAUGGUAGUGCUCCCUACAUCUGCCCCAUUAGUGGCCUAGAGAUGACUGGAAAGUUUCGAUUUAUCUUCCUGUGGAAUUGUGGCUGUGUACUUGCUGAAAGAGCACUAAGAGAAGUCAAACAAAAUAUUUGUCACAUGUGUCAACAACCAUUUACGGACAAUGAUGUCAUCGUCCUCAAUGGUACAGAUGAAGACUUAGAAAAGCUCAGAGAGAAGAUGGCAAUUCGUGUUGCAAAUAGAAAAAAUGGUAAGAAAUCAAAGGCGACCAAGUUGGAAAAAGUUGAAAAUGAGGUGCAGUCAACAAAUGCUGCGACUCCAUCAACGUCAAGUAGUGAACCAUCACCCUCAGGAAUAAAAACUGAAAACGAUAUAAAAAAAGAGGAUGAAUCAGAACCAGGUACCAGUCGGGUCACAAAACAUGAUAUUGAUACAAUUCCAUUGUCUUUGCCAAAGUAUAAUCCAAAUAAACAAACUCGUGGCCACUUUGGCUCAAGCAAGAGAGCUCACCCAACACAACUUAUUGAAGACCCAUCAUAUAAAAAGACAAAGAAAGAUUAUAGUAUAGCAAAAGACCCACAGUCAAGUGAAGUGUACAAAUCAUUAUUUACUUCUCACAAAAAUGAUAAAGACCAACAAAGAGCACAUUGGGUGACAUAUAACCCUUUUUAUAAUUGAUGUUUGUAAAUGUUGUUAAUUAAUAAAAAUGCAUAGUUUC